CCACCAACCAUCUGUCUUUGAGGCUCUGGUCCUCGAUCUUCUAUUCUGAGAUACCCGGCGUCGCUGAAACCCUUUAACGCGCGUCAAACCCUUCAAACAGCUUCUUUCACGUCCAACAGUCCCGCAGCCAGCAGCCUACAAAAUUUUAUAGGCGCCCUCCUCCGAAACCCCCAGCGCGAACCUCGAUCUCGCCUCAGGUGCAUAGCCAGUAUGCCUGUUGUAAAUCCAGAAAAGCUGGUAUCGCUGCAGCAUGCUGCCGGAGAUGUCCGAAAUAUAUGUAUUCUUGCCCACGUUGAUCAUGGCAAGACCUCUCUCACAGAUGCCCUCAUCGCCACCAAUGGCAUCAUCUCCCCAAAGCUGGCUGGAAAGAUCCGAUACCUGGACUCGAGGCCAGACGAACAACUACGAGGCAUCACGAUGGAAUCCUCAGCGAUCUCACUAUACUUCUCCCUGCUACGGAAGACCGCCCCGGACGCAAAGCCAGAGCAGAAGGAGUACUUGAUAAAUUUGAUAGACUCACCCGGACAUAUUGACUUCAGCAGCGAAGUCUCCACCGCGUCGAGGCUGUGCGACGGCGCGGUAGUGCUUGUAGACGCAGUCGAAGGCGUUUGUAGUCAGACCGUGACCGUACUGCGGCAGACAUGGAUCGAGAAACUCAAGCCAAUACUUGUCAUUAACAAAAUGGACCGACUAAUCACAGAACUGAAGAUGAGUCCGGGUGAGGCGUACACGCACCUUAGCAAGCUACUCGAACAAGUCAACGCCGUCAUGGGCAGCUUCUUCCAAGGCGACCGUAUGGAAGAUGACCUCAAAUGGAGAGAGAAAAUGGAAGAGAAGAUCAAUGCCGCAGCUGAAAAAGCACAAGAGAAAACUGACGGUAUUAACUCAUCCGUAUUAGAGAACGCCGAUGGCAUCGACACCACCAAUACACCAGCUGAGUAUGAGGAAAGGGACGAUGAAGACAUUUACUUCUCCCCAGAAAAUAACAACGUCAUCUUCAGUAGUGCCAUCGACGGAUGGGCCUUCACCGUCAAGCAAUUCGCAGGUCUCUAUGAGAAGAAACUCGGCAUCAAAAGAUCCGUACUCGAAAAGGUGCUCUGGGGCGACUUCUAUCUAGAUCCAAAGAACAAACGCGUAUUGGGGUCCAAGCAUCUCAAAGGCAGGAGCCUGAAGCCGAUGUUCGUCCAACUAGUCCUAGACAACAUAUGGGCUGUAUACGAUGCUACUACGGGAGGUGACAAAGGGAAGGGAGAUCCUACCAAGGUAGAGAAAAUCACCAACUCCCUAUCCAUCAAGCUCCCACCACAUGUCCUACGUUCUCGAGAUCCGAGGGCUCUUCUGACCACCCUCUUCGCUGCUUGGCUUCCUUUGUCCACCGCUUUUUUGGUCUCAGUCAUCGAAUAUCUCCCCUCGCCACCAAAAGCGCAAGCUGCACGAAUGACCGAGCUUAUAGACAACUCUCCUGGUUCCGAAUUUGUUAGUCCAGAGGUCCGAAGCGCAAUGACCAACUUCAAAGCCUCAAAAGACGACCCCGUAGUCGCCUACGUGAGCAAAAUGGUCGCAGUCCCGGCCAGUGAGCUCCCAGAAAAUAAGCGACGGGGCGGCGGUGCGCUCAGCGCAGAGGAAGCACGCGAGCUCGCUCGCAAGAAACGCGCUGAGCUCUCACGCGCGCAAGCAACUGCUAAUGGCGAGAAUGCUAUCGACAAUCUCACCCAAGCUAUCAAUAGUACCGCGAUUGGAGAGCAGGAAGAAAAAACUGAGUCUGAGCCUGCAGAGUUAGCGGAGGAGGAGCAUCUCAUUGGAUUUGCACGCCUCUACUCCGGGACACUCGCCGUCGGUGACGAGAUUUACGUCCUUCCACCCAAGUUCUCCCCAGCGAAGCCGCACGCUCAACCUGAGCCACAAAAAGUCACCAUCACAGCACUCUACCUUCUUAUGGGUCGCGGUCUAGAACCUCUCACCCACGUUCCCGCCGGUGUCGUCUUCGGUAUCGGUGGCCUAGCAGGGCACGUCCUGAAAUCUGGGACACUAUGCUCGCAGCUCGACGGCUCCGUCAAUCUGGCUGGCAUAAACAUGGGCACGCAGCCUAUUGUGCGAGUAGCUCUCGAACCAACGAACCCGUCAGACCUGGGAAAGAUGAUCGCAGGGCUGAAGAUGCUCGAGCAGAGCGAUCCAUGUGCUGAGUACGAGGUUUUGCAGAGUGGAGAGCAUGUCAUUCUUACGGCGGGUGAGCUGCAUUUGGAGAGGUGUCUAAAGGACCUGAGGGAGAGAUUUGCGAAGUGCGAUAUCCAGGCCGGAGCGCCCAUCGUACCUUACAGGGAGAGUAUUGUCAGAGCGGAGGAGAUGAAUCCGCCUAGGGACAAGGACCUACCCAGGGGCACAGUGAUUGGUGUAACGACGUCUAAGCAAGUCACCCUCAGGUUAAGAGUCAGACCGCUACCAGCAGCCGUAACCGAGUUCCUUGGAAAGAACGCUGGCGCGAUCAAGCGGCUGUAUUCUGAGCGCCGGGCAAAAGAGGAGCGAGAGCGGACCGACGGUGACGAGGCGCCUCCUGAACAAGACGGCAUGGAGGAGGCCGAGACGCUGGAGACCGGCCACAUUCUAAGCCUAGCAGAUUUCAAGGCGGAACUGAAGAAGGCCUUUGCGGAAGCCAAAGGCGAGAAAGAGAUUUGGAACGGGGUGAUAGAGAAGAUAACGGCCUUCGGCCCACGAAGAGUUGGUCCCAACAUCCUCGUCGACGCAACCUCGCAGGGCAUAUGUGGCAAGGUUCUCCGCGACUUCUCCUCCCCAACUCCAGAGCCCUCACACCCCUCAGACAACGCCGCCCUCGCCCCAACAGCUCUCACCGACAAAAUCGCCUACGCCUUCCAACUCGCCACAGCCGCUGGCCCCCUAUGCGCGGAGCCCGUUCAAGGCAUCGCCGUCUUCCUCGAAGACCUCACAGUCGCCGUCCCGGAACUUGACACCACUUCCGCCUCUCACGACCGGCUGGGCCGCCUAACGGGCGAAGUCAUCAAAACCGUUCGUGACUCCAUCCGCCUCGGCUUCCUGGACUGGUCCCCGCGCAUCCUGCUCGCCAUGUACACCUGUGAGAUCCAAGCUUCCACCGACGUGCUCGGCAAAGUCUACGCCGUGCUGAACGGCCGUCGCGGGACCAUCCUGUCGGAAACGUUAUCUGCAAACUUCUCAGCUUCCACGACUGGGAACUCAACGUUUACGAUCGACGCUUUGUUACCGGUGGCGGAGAGUUUCGGGUUCAGCGACGAGAUCAGAAAGAAGAGCUCGGGGAGUGCGUCACCGCAGUUGCGGUUCGCGGGGUAUAAGAUGCUGGACGAGGAUCCGUUCUGGGUGCCGUUUACAGAGGACGAGCUAGAGGAUUUGGGGGAGAAGGGAGAUCGGGAGAAUGUGGCGAAGAGGUAUGUGGAUGGGGUGCGGGGAAGGAAGGGGUUGCUGGUGCAAGGCAAGAAGCUAGUAACGGACGCGGAGAAGCAGAAGACGUUGAAGAGGUAA